AUGAGUAUUCACACCGUAACUGAGUUAGUUAGCCAUUGUUGUGCCAGGGAACCAUAUCAAAGACUUGAUGCAGGUCAUGCUGUUAAUGUGCUUUCUUCUCUUGUAGAAAGCCAAAUGGAACCAUCUUCUUCUUCACUCCUUCUAAGAUUAGAUAACACACGCAUAAGCAUACCUACGCAUCCAUAUGGAUUUGCCAAGUCUUUCACAUCAACAGAUGGUAGGUGA